AUGGCUCAAUCAAAUACCUAUCUACCAGACAGUGUUGGUGUGUUUAAACCCUUCUGGCUGUGUUGGCGCCUCCUGGGUGUAUUGUCGUGGCAAAGAAAAGACAUUACAAUGAUUUAUGACAUUUUUAUGAAUUUAUUUAUAAAUAUUUGGUAUCCCGUUCAUUUGACUGUGGGCCUGAUAUUGCUGCCGAUGCACGAUGAGAUCUAUAAGAAUAUGUCCAUAACAAUAACGUGCAUAGUGUGCACUUUGAAACACUAUUGCAUCAGAUGGAAAUUAAGAGAAAUUCUUAAAAUUAUGGAUUUAUUUGGCAAAUUGGAUAAAAGGAUACAUAGUUUAGAAGAGCGUAAGUAUUUUACGAAAUACAACAUCACAAUAGCCAAAUUGCUGGCGAAGCUAUAUUUUUCUGUGUAUAUGGGAGCUAAUGUGGCAGCUUUAGUGGCUUUGUUGUGGGACAGCGAAAGACGACUGAUGUAUCCAGCCUGGUUUCCUUUCGACUGGAGUUCUUCAUCUGGUUUAUAUUAUUCAGCGAUACUAUACCAAUUUGUAGGAGUUACGAUAUUGAUAGUACUGAAUUUUACGAACGAUGCCUUUGGACCAGUUACCUUGUGCCUAUUCAGUGGCCAAGUGCACUUGUUAUCCAUGAGAGUGGCUAAACUGGGUUAUGAUAAGAAAAAAUCUGCGAAACAAAAUGAAAAUGAAUUGAAUUUGUGCAUAGAAGAUCAUAUCAAAUUGAUCAACCUUUUUAAUAUUACGGAAGACUCUAUAUCGUAUGUCCAAUUGAUUUUGUUCAUUUCCAGUGGGCUAAAUAUAUGUGUGGUGUUGGUAUAUUUGUUUUUCUAUGUUGAUAAUUUAUUUGCCUACAUUUAUUAUACUACUUUUCUGGCCGCAAUUGCAGUUGAAUUGUUUCCCAUUUAUUAUUACGGCUCGAUUUUGCAAGAGGAAUUUAAUAAUUUGCCAUAUGCCAUAUUCUCCAGUAAUUGGCCAUCGCAGACAAGAUCUUAUCGUCAAAAUGCCGUCGUAUUUGGAGAGGUUGCACUGCGCAAAAUAACUAUGCUAGCGGGUGGAGUUGUAGGCAUUCGUCUGGAUAGUUUUUUUGCCAUUUGCAAAAUGGCCUAUUCGUUGUUCGCAGUGGCUAUGACAAUUAAGUAG